AUGGCCAUGGACCAGAUGGAUAUAGAUGACGCACCUUCUACAACUGUCAGUGACUCUGUUCGUGGAACAGUGACGGGGCUUGUAUAUGAUCCACGUAUGCGUCUUCACGGAAACAUAUACGAGGAUGAACAUCACCCCGAAGAUCCAAAACGGAUCUCUGCCAUCUACAAAGCACUACUGGGGUCUUCCUGUGUUAAGAGAAUGGUCAGAAUACCUGCAAGAGAGGCGACAAGGGAAGAAGUUCUUCUUGCUCAUGCCAAGGAACAUUGGGAUAAGAUUAUUAGCACUGUCGAUAAGUCUGACGAGCAAUUACAGAGGAUGGCAAACGGUUAUAACUCAAUAUAUCUUAACAACGAAUCUGCUCUGUCGGCACGUUUAGCAUGCGGCGGUGUGAUUGAGAUGUGUCUAUCGGUCGUAAAGGGAAAUGUUAACAACGGAUUCGCGAAUGUGCGACCUCCCGGACAUCACGCCGAGCCAGGGCAAGCCAUGGGUUUCUGUCUGUUUAACAAUGUCGCUGUAGCCGCCAGAUGUUUAAGACGUCAUCACAAUGUUGAAAGAGUAUUUAUUUUGGACUGGGACAUACAUCAUGGGAAUGGUACACAGAAGAUAUUUUAUGAUGACCCAGACGUAGUGUAUUGCUCAAUACACCGUUAUGAGAAUGCGCGUUUCUAUCCUGGCGAUGAAGAGGCCAAUUACACACAUGUGGGAAGGAAUGGAGCACGGGGAAAGACGAUAAAUAUACCGUGGCCACGCAAAGGAAUGACGGACAGCGAUUAUAUAUACGCGUUUAAUAGAAUAGUAAUGCCUAUAGCGUACGAGUUUGGACCAAAUAUUGUUAUUGUAUCGGCUGGAUUUGAUGCUGCCAGAGGUGAGGAAACUUUAUUUGGUAACAUUGUAGAUGGCCAAUUCCUGAAGAGACGAAUGAUGACAUUAGGUGACCCCAUUGGCGAGAAUGAUGUAACACCAGCUGGAUUUGCUCACAUGACAAGUUUGCUGAAGAAUUUGGCGGGAGGUAAACUCGUACUGGCGUUGGAGGGCGGUUACAAUCUUAAUUCAUUAUCAAAAUCCGCUCUUGCUUGUGUAAAAGUUUUACUUGGAGAAGAUCCUCCUGACUUGGGGCCAAUCAGCCCUAGCAAAGAUUGUAUUGAAACAGUACAUCAAGUCACGAAAAUUCAAUCACAAUAUUGGAAAUGUUUGGCUCCAAAUAAUAUAGAUGAGGGGGAAGAGAUUACCCUUACUAUAGCAAAAGCCCCCGGGAAAAUGGUUAUAAACAUGACCGAAAUGUUGAGAAUAAUUCGGGCAAGGGGGCUUCUCACAAAGUAUUCAAUGGUGCCUUUACCGAUAUCCGAUGAACGACUUGCUACAAAAUUUUAUGAGCACGUCUUGUGCAGCAAGAAGAUGUACGAAAAGAAAGUAUUAUUUCUCUUUGUGCACGAAAUGCCCGAUUUCAGGGCUGAUAUGAAGGCACAUACAAAUAGUGUAAAUCACUCACGGUCAUAUAUGGUUGAUAGCAUGGUUUACUAUAUUGAAAACGUGGUACAGAAUCCAGAUUAUGGUAUAAUAGAUGUUGCCAUCCCUUCGGGUGACAGCAGAACGCGUUCAGAUUUAGUUGAACUAUUAGUAUACUUAUGGGACAACCAUAUUCAAAUUGCAUCAGCAGACAGAGUGGUUUUAUUAGGGGCUAGUAUAGGCUGUCACUGUUUAGCUACUCUAAUAAAUGAUAGAGAGCAAUUAGUUAUGUCAAAGGUCAUCUGCUCAAUAUUGAUACCGGGUGAUUGUCCAGUACCUGCAGUCACAAAAAGACCAACCCUAACAAGUUGGUACUAUGAAUCUUUGAGAUUACGAGGGGUUCAACCUGAUUCUCAGGAAGCGAAACGUAAACGUGAUGAAGAGCGGCUGAAGAUAGAACAAAUUGCUAAAGCUAAACGGGCUAGGGUGAAAGGAAAUGUUGUAUUGAAAGCCGAAGACGGGGAAGGAAUAGAAGGCACGGAAUCUUUUGUGACGUACUUAGAGGGAUUGACUAAGAAUGCAGUCGUCAUUAAGAAGGAGUUCACCGAUAAUGAUGAGACUGAGGAGGAGAAUAAGAUUAAAGCGAAUCAUAUUAAGAACGUAUAUAAAAAUUUAAAAAUAUCGACGGAUUGGCCAUCCGUUAAAGUAACACCUGAACGCAUCUAUUGCGCGGCUGUGCAUCCAAACUCGGAUAAAAUUCUAGCCUCUUGUGGCGAUAAAAUGGGUUGGCUUGGUUUCUGGGACGCGAACGGCAAAGCUUUCGAUGAGGAUGAAGAAUUAAUGCCGGUAACUUGGAAGUAUAGAUUCCACACACGGACGAUUUCGUCGAUGAUGUAUUCUCCGACAGACUCCAAUCGCUUGUUUACUAGCGCAUAUGAUGGGAUGAUUAGGUUUUUUGAUCUCGAGAAGGCGACAAGUGUAGAGGCUCAUGUAUCUGACGAGAAUACUCUAUUUACUUGUUUGGAUACCAUCGAUGGGAAUGUAAUUUAUUGUUCUAAUAUUGGAGGACAAUUGGAAAUUAAAGAUAUAAGGGAGCCUAUUAGUUCGUUCACUGUCCAUCAACUGCAUGAUCGAAAAAUUGGGUGCGUGUCUAUCAAUCCUGUGAAGAAUGAUUAUUUAGUUACUGCUUCACUCGACAGGACAAUGCGUCUAUGGGAUCUAAGAAAGUUGUCUAAAGAUGAUCCACAGUCAUUAGAGGGAGUAAUUCAUUAUGGAGCGGUUACCAGUGCCUAUUGGAGGCCCGAUGGGAAGCAAAUAGUAUCUACGUCGUUUAAUGACAAGAUACGAGUAUUUGACUAUAAUGAAUCAUCUGAGGAAUUGGAAGAACGCUUGACUAUACAGCACAAUAAUCAGACUGGAAAAUGGGUAACUAUGUUCCGUUCUACGUGGCAUCCCAAUCCAAGCGUUUAUCCUCACUUUGUUGUGGGCAAUAUGAAACGAGCAGUUGAUAUAUUUUCUGCAAUAGAUGGGAGGGCUCUUUGUAUUUUGCAUAGCAAUGAAUUAACAGCUAUUCCUGGCAAGUAUGGCAGCGCCGAAUCUAUCCAUUGA